AACAAUAAUGGCGACUUCCAUUGCCAUGGUCAUGGGUCGCAGGCUUUGCUCCAACAUAAAGCUGAUUCGAUUUAAAUUCGAACAAAAAAGUGAUCGCAUCAAUAGAAUUAUUCGAUUCAGGGAGAAAAAUUCUACACAUAGUUUAACACUAACAGUGGCAGGAACAACUUAUGGAAUAUCCCUUGGUUUACUUGGUUUGAAUUUUGGAAAAAAGCAGGAGACUGAUGCACUGACUCAGAAAUACAGAGAUGCCCGACUUGCACACAUGAAGAGAGAUCUCAAAUUGGCUGAUGAUUUAUACCAUGAGUGUCUUAAACUGGCUAGUGAGCUUGCAGAAGCUAAAGAAAUAACUGAGGACAAAUUUGUGACGGCCCGUACUCUGAUGUAUGAUGGCUUGGCUGAUAUUGCCAUGCAGACAGGAGACAUUGAGACAGCUGAGGUUCUGUACAAGGACACAAUGAAGGGCUGUUUGCAACAGGGAAUGGAUGUAACCCACAACACAAUAGUUGAGAUCUCACUGAAGUUGGCCAGCAUUUACGCCAUCAUUGGUAAGAAAGAGGAAGCAGAGGAAGGCUUUGUGUUUUGUAUACAGACUCAAACCCCAAAGCUGGCAGAUAAAGUUGAGAAAUUGACUGAAAAGGCACCAGAGGGUGCAAAGACACCGACAAUGGAAUUGACUGAAACAGAAAAAGACACAGCUUCUUUACUUGGCAUGGCAUUGAGCAGUUAUGGCAGGUUUUUGUUGUAUGAAAAGAGAUACACUGAAGCAUUGCCUAUGUUUGAGAAAUCAUUGAUGUAUGCUGAAAAUGUUUUGGGCACUAAUUCCAACCAGUAUCUGGUUGUUUUAAAUGAUAUUGCCACUUUGUACAUUGUAACUAAAAAUCUCACUGAAGCAGAAAAGCUUCUGAAAAAGGGGAUUGAAAUUUCUAAGAGUUCAAAUUUAGGGGAAGGUGCUACACUGUUUUGUAACUUGGGUGCAAUAUAUUUGAGGAAAGGGGAGGUAAUGUCAGCCACUAGUACUUGCAAAAAAGGUCUUGAUUACGCUAAAAAGUUUGACCAUAAGAUGGCUAUAAAUAUGGCAGAGGCAUGUCUACAGAAAGCUGCAACUCUAAACCCUCCCAAAAAAUAAGUCAUGUGAUAUUUGUAUAUGAAACUAACAAUUUUUUAACAUGUUACAAUUUUUCAGCCUAAUUGUUGCUGCAUUAAAAAACUUAUUUGAAAUUUUUUUGUGGGUUCUCAUUUUUAUUAGAUUACUUGGUGGUUAUUAAA